AUGAAGCGCAAAGCACGAGAUUCCAUCGACAGCGAUGAGGACUGGCCUGCAGCCUCUACCCCGAAGAGGCAGAAAACUGCCAACGACCACGACGCUGCGAAUGGCUCUUCCACUGUGACGCCGUCGAAGCGGCCGCGUGCUACGCCAAAGAAAGCGACUCCUGCCAAUGGCCUGAAGCCGUCAGGCCUCCGGACGCCUACACAGAAAUCAAAGGCCAAAUCGUUAUUCUCGACGCCGAGGAGAAGCGACAAGGAUGGUGCCACGACAGCCACACCUUCGCGGGCGAAGAACGCGGAUCGGUCAGCCAAGAGGAAGAGCGCGCGGGUCCUGUUUGAGCAGCAGGACGAGGAUGAGAUAUGGGAUGGCGCAGACCGGCUGGCGGAGGAGAUUCUGGAUGAUGAGGACGAGAGUUAUCACGAAAGUACCAAUGAACCAGACGACGGAAACGUCGUUGAGUCUGUGGAAAAGGACGGAGAUACUGCUGCACCCGCGACGAAGCCAGCGGAGACACCCAAGCGUCGCGCAGGACGCCCCAAAGGAGCGAAGAAUAAGCGGUCGCCGACACCAGAGGGAGAGCUGCCGCCGCACGAGCGAUAUUUCUUCCAGAACCGUCCCGGUCCGCCGCGGACAUCCAACAAUACCCUGUCCAAGGUGUCUUUGUUGACGCACGAGGAAUAUUUCGAGUGCCUCUCGCGGUACGAGGACCCUUUAAAAGAGGAAAAGGAGAUUUUGCUGCAACUACAUCACCGGUCGUUUCCACAGUGGAACUUUGAGUUCCGGGAGCAGUUCAAUAUCUGUCUGUAUGGAUACGGCUCCAAGCGCCGGCUGGUGCAGCAGUUUGCGGAUUGGCUGUAUCGAAGAUCGCCCCCCUCGUCCUCUCCGAUCAUUGUCAUGGUGAAUGGUUACACACCUGGCAUCUCUGUUCGGUCCAUCUUCGCUACGAUCGUGAGUGCUGUUCUAGGGGACGACACGCCGUCGAAGCUGGGCGCCCAGCCCAGUGAAGUGCUCGAAUUCCUGCAGUCGGCACUGCAGUCUCGAUCAGACCAGCGGCCCGUAACGGUGCUCAUCAACUCGAUCGACGCGCCUCCGUUACGGCGGGCAGCCAGCCAGGCUCUUCUGGCGCGGCUGGCCGCGAUUCCAUCGAUCAACAUGCUGGCGACGGCGGACACGCCGAACUUUACACUCAUGUGGGACGUCAGUCUGCGGGACCAGUUCAAUUUCGUAUUCCACGACUGCACGACGUUUGCACCGUACGAUGCGGAAUGGAACGUGGUUGACGAGGUGCACAACUUGUUGGGCCGCAAGGGCCGGCGCGUCGGCGGCAAGGAGGGCGUGGCCUUCGUGCUGAAGAGUCUGCCGGAGAACGCGCGCAACCUGUACCGGUUGCUGCUGACGGAGCUGCUCACGAUCGCUGGUGAGUCAGGACAGGGGGCGUCCGACGACGAAGACAAUGAAGCUUCGCGUCGCGAGGGCGGUGGUAGCGGCGGCAGCGGUGACGAUCUCUGCAUCGAGUUCCGCACGCUCUACCAAAAGGCGUCGGAGGAAUUUAUUGCCUCGUCGGAGAUGAUGUUCCGCACUCUGCUCAAGGAGUUCCACGACCACCAGAUGAUCACGUCGCGGAUCGACGGGACGGGGACGGAGACGCUGGGGGUUCCUCUGUCGAGGGAGGAGAUGGAGGCUGUAUUGGAAGAUUUGGUGCUGAAUUAG